CCGCACCAGGUGGGAGCCCGCCCCGGCCAGCGCAGGGUGUCUACAGUAGGUGGUCGGACUGGCCGGCGACGCGGCCGUCACCGGCUCUGCGCAGGCCCCAGGGACAAGGAAGGGAAGCUCCACCCACCUCAAGCCAAGAUGUCCAGCAAGCGGGCCAAGGCCAAGACCACCAAGAAGAGGCCACAGCGGGCCACGUCCAAUGUUUUCGCAAUGUUUGACCAGUCCCAGAUCCAGGAGUUUAAGGAGGCCUUCAACAUGAUCGACCAGAACCGGGACGGCUUCAUCGACAAGGAGGACCUGCAUGACAUGCUGGCCUCCCUAGGGAAGAACCCCACGGACGAGUACCUGGAGGGCAUGAUGAGCGAGGCCCCGGGGCCCAUCAACUUCACCAUGUUCCUCACCAUGUUCGGGGAGAAGCUGAACGGCACCGACCCCGAGGACGUGAUCCGCAACGCCUUCGCCUGCUUCGACGAGGAGGCCUCAGGCUCCAUCCAUGAGGACCACCUCCGGGAGCUGCUCACCACCAUGGGAGACCGCUUCACCGACGAGGAGGUGGACGAGAUGUACCGCGAGGCGCCCAUCGACAAGAAGGGCAACUUCAACUACGUGGAGUUCACCCGCAUCCUCAAGCACGGGGCCAAGGACAAGGACGACUAGGCCCGGGGGCCCUCGGCCGGCCCUCCCUCCGCCCCACGCACACGCACCACCGGGCCACCCAGGGGUGGGGUCCAGCCCCGAGAGACACUGAAGGACCGUGGUCCAGGGAGGCGGAAGGCCUCGGGAGCGAGGGCGCCUGUCCCUAGGCUGCCCCGGGGAUGCGGCCCUGGUCCUGGUGUCAACAGCACUUCAUGAGCACCCACACACGCGCCAGCUCGCCACGUCCCCAAGAGGACAGCACCAGGCCCCCGCCCCUGCCCGUCCACUCUCCUGGGAGUGCUCAGGACACCUGGACACCCCUGUCCCAGGGAGGCAGAGUCUCCAAUAGAAGGCUGAGCACUA